AUGCUUACAAAAUUCCGUGCGAAGCUCAGUCGCAGCAAGCUGAAAGACGCGGACACGGUUGUGCAUCGCCCCCACGAUGCCAGCCGUGCGGACUGGAGCGACAAGACACGCAAUAGCGAGGCCAACACGGCCGAUGAAGGCAUCGCCGUGAGCAGCAGCGAGGAACCCGUUGCGAUACCCGAUAAUUAUGACCCGUCUGUGUCGCCCGCGGCCAAGAGAGACCGUGAACAGGACCGGUUGUGGGAUAUUGCGUUUUCCCGCCUGGACGACGAUACCAAGGCCCUGCUGGAUGCCGGGGACACUUCAAAACCGGAAGAUGCGAUCGAGCAAGUAAAGAAAGAGAUCGAGGAGAAGUAUGAGGCUUAUAAGAAGGGGGAGAUGCAUAUUCGGAAGCGAAACGGAUCCUCGUUCAAUUUCCGAGAUGCCACUAGUCGCAUCUUGAGCGCUGUACUGAAGGCCAAGCCGGUCUUUUCGUCGGUCGCAUCUUUGGAUCCAACGGGUCGUGUUUCCUCCGUGUGGAUGAUUAUAUCGCUGGGACUGACGAUGGUUGAAAAUGAUAUCGAUCGUCGAGACGCUAUUUUCGAAGCAUGCGAGUUCCUCGCCGACAAGCUCGCCUAUUACUCGAUUAUUGACGAUUAUUGUUGGAAAUACCAGGGUAAAACUCACGAGAGAAUCCGACAGUCUCUGAUCGGUAUCUACACCGCAAUCUUCUGUUAUACCGCCGAGGCGAAGAAGAGGAGCAAUGAGACUUACGGAGAUCAGAUGGAAGCCGGUGAAGCGAUCCUCCAACGCAUCGACGAAACCGUCAGUCGACUCAAGGCAAUUCAAGACAAAACAAUGAGUGCGGAGGAGGAAAGGAUUCUUGACUGGCUCUCCAGGGCAUCCUUUUCUGAUAUCCAAAACGGCCACCAAGAACGUCGGGCCGCAAACACGGGCGACUGGUUUCUCGACACAGAUCCGUACAAGGAUUGGAAAGAGAAUCCCGGAAUUCUAUAUUGGCUGCAUGGCGUGGCUGGCUGCGGAAAAUCAAUCAUUUGCUCCACGAUUAUCAAGGACAUUGAGAAACACUGUCAAAAGCCAUAUAGCACGCCCCAGCGCCUUGCCUACUGGUACUUCCAAUUCAGCAAUGGUGAGACGCAAGAGAUACCCAACCUCCUCAGGUCCCUGCUUCGCCAGCUCAGCUCAGCACCCCUUCCCCCGUCAAUUACCAAGCUUUGGGAGUCGUACAGUCGACCAGGUACCCAGCCAGACCAACAGACCCUCUGUGAAGCUCUGAAUGAGACUCUUCGGAACCUCGAGGGCCAGGUGUUUCUGGUCCUUGAUGCACUGGAUGAGUGUCCUAAUACCCCCGGUCGUUAUCAAAGAAACUUCGCAUUGGAAUUUCUACUAAAGCUGCAAGCAUCUCAUCCGACAAAGCUCCACGUUCUGGCAACCAGUCGGCCGGAGCCAGAUAUCCGGUCCCAGUUUGAGGGCUGUAGGACAUUAGACCUGGAGGUGAAGUUGGGUGGCGACGUUGAAACAUUUGAUAAAGUGAUUGAAAAGUUACUGGAUACGCCAGAACGACGGUUCCGUUGGGCUGAUUUACAGAUCAAACGGCUCGAGGAGUGCUAUGACGAAGACGAAAUAAAUCAUGCACUGGAAACGAUUCCUGAUUCCCUCGAGGCAACAUACAGAGACAUCCUCAACAGGAUGGCAGAGAAGAAUCGAGUUCGAGCGUGCAAAAUCCUGAUGUGGAUAAGCAUGUCCGUUGCACCUGUUACGUUGGCUACAGUCGCUGCAGCGGUGCACCUGCCAUCUCCAAACCAUAUUAUCAACAUCUGCACCACUUCUCUUGUCACCGUGAGCACCGCGGAUGACACAGUGAAGCUCGCUCACUUUUCCGUUCAGGAAUUCUUGGUUCUGGAGGAUGCUCAGCAGCCACAUAGUCAAGAAUGGUAUCGGUUUUCCAUACCAGCGGCCCACUACGAUUUGGCAGUCACGGCGUUACAGUGCCUUCUUGACAAAAAUGAGCCAAUUACAAUGAAACAUGCUUUCAAAGAGCCUUUCCUGGUCUAUGCCGCCCGCUAUUGGGAUGAGCAUGUGGCAAUGUUGGGGGAUCUUUCAAACCACCCAGCCUUACUUCGCCAGAUCGAAGAUCUUCUCAGUGAAGAGUUCUCGCAGAGCUACCUCAACUGGCUCAAUGUAUUGAAACUUAGAGGGUAUGAGUAUAGAUCGCACAUGCCUCUGGACGAAGGCCAGAUGACUUCGGAAGAGUGCGAUCCGCCUAUAUAUCAUGCUGCAAGACUGGGGCUGGAGCAUGUUGUGGUGAAGCUUCUUGACCAGGGCGUUGAUCCCUUAGUACUUGGCUCGAGUGCACAGGACUUUGAACCCGGCACUUUGCUCAUUGUCGCUGCUUGUAAAGGCCACCUUCAUAUUCUCGAGAAGAUGCUCGAAAGGUGCGGACGUGUCCCGCUGGAGGUGGCUGCAGCGAUAGUACUGCAAGUCGACCAUCGGGAGGCCGGCAGCGAGGUGCUGGAGCACAUAAUGCAAGCAUUGUGGAUGUGCGGUGCCUUCUUCGAGCAAUCCCAAGAUCGCACGAGGUUUAUAAGUAGCAGAUUGGUGGAGGCUGCAAUUCAGAAUAAACAUGCAGGUUUAGAGUUGAUGCGCUUCUUUCUUGAUCGGCAGCAGGAAUCGUUAGUAACGAUUGUUACCGAUGCCAAUACAUUCUGGGGAGCCGGGCAGACCCACACAGCCACCGCGGCUCAAAUCUUAGAACUGUUGUUUGAAAGACGAUUUACAGAUGUUUGGUUCAAGGAUGUGGACUUCUUAGGACUCUUGGCAGGCAACCCGCUUAUGUAUGCCUUAUUCAAACGAAUCAUUCAACACGAGGAAAUGAGGUCCAAGCUUGGUGACGCUCUAGCCCACGCUGUGGCCAAGAGAGGGACAUCUCAAGCAAUGGAAGCAGUCAUUCAGGUUCUGGAACCUAAUUUCAAAGUCACUGAGAAAUUACUACUGCUUGUUGCUGGGAAUGGUAGGAGGCCUGAGGUACUCCGUCUGCUUCUGGGAUUUGGAGGCUCUAGACAAUUCACCCACAACCUGCUUUUGAAGGCAGCAAAAAACUAUAACAGUCUCGAGUUUCUCAAUAUUUUACUUGACGAAGUUGAUCCCCACUUUCCACUCGGUGAAGAAGUCAUGGUUGCGAUAGCACAUAGCAAAGACGCCGUGGAAAUGAUUACCAGUUUGUUGACAAAGCAGCAGGCUGGGUUUGCAGUCUCCGAGAGGGUACUAACUCGUGCGAUCGGGAAUCAGCGCUGCGCAGUUGAUAUCCUUCAGCUGCUUAUGAAAAACGGAGGUUCGGAUAUUCAAGUUACCGAUGAAAUGAUAUGCGCGGCAGCAGAAAAUUAUGCUCAGGGAGAGUCGGUACUGAACUACUUAUCCGAAGUUCACGGGCCCGACCUCCACGUGCCGAACGAAGCAAUUUUGAAGGCGGCGGGAAGCCCGCGAAUACUGAAGAUCCUCUUCGCCCUGCAGCCUGGAACCCGUGUCUCUGACCAAAUGUUUAUUGAGGCCUGCCACGAUCGCGAGUCCAUGUCAUUUCUUUUGGCCCAGCAGUACGCGUCUAUUCCUAUUGAGCAAAUUUUGGAAGAAAUAGGUCACUAUUGGGUCGGCAUGGCGGGCGGUUUUGAUGAACUCUUGAGUCAACGAGUCAUUGAGAUGAAUGAAUGGGUGCUGGAAAGGGUCGCAUCCAACGCGGUAAUAAUGGGGGAUGUUCUGGCCAAGUACCCAAAUAUGGCCAUCACACAAAAGGCCUUCGAAAAUGCUGCGAAGUCAGAUUCUCCAGAGCUCGUGAGGGCAAUACUUGAAACCAGGUUCGACGGUCUCGCUGUCACAGAACAGGUCAUGGAGGCCCCUUUUGAUACCACGAGAAGCGCGGAUCCCAGUUACUAUACGGCAAGUAUUCUAAAAGCCUUCAUUGUUCGUCUCGGGUCAGAGGCCCCCAUUACAGAGAACCUUCUCCAAAUUGCUUGUGAAUAUAGGGACACGAGACCAUUGAAAUUGCUGUUAGAUCAGCGACGCAAGUUAGACCUUCAGGCAGUUUGGGAAAGGUUCUGGCAGGCUGAAAAGUUUAAACGCCGGAAACUUCAAGUGACAGAUAUUUUGUUGCAAUAUGAGGCACUUGUUGUUUCUGAAGCCAUGUUGGAAGCAAUUCCUUUUGAUCAGAAGGAGACGGACAAAGAUCGAUCAGAGCCAAGCAAUACAGACGGAGCCAACUCUGACUUUGAGACAUUGAUUCAGUUCGGUCUCAAGAAGAGCAUAGCUAUUGUCGAGACUGAAAGAGUCGUGGAACUCAUCGUGCAGCGAUGCUCCGAGGAGACCGUCAAGGAGUUUCUUGAUUCUAAGCCGAAUCUCAAAAUCACUGAGAAGAUCCUCCGAGCCGCAGAGGAAAAGUCAGUUGCGAUGAAGGAACUUUUGGCGGCAUUCCCUGUUGUCGAAAGCAUCAAAUGA